AUGCUUAAACAAUUGUUUCCUUUAGUUUUCCUAGUAGUAGUAGCAGCUAGGGAUGAUUUAGGUAUGAAAUUUAUGAUGAGGAUAUAUGAAGAUUGUCAAAAAUCUGAUGGGGUGGUGCCUUGCUUGAAGAAAAAAGCGAUUGUGUUCUUCGAUAGAGCAGCACGAAUGGAAGCUAUACCCUUAAUUGAUGGAGUGGAUAUUGUGAAGACAUCAGAUAUGGAAGUGGUUCCUGUAAGUGAACAUGAAAUAGAUGCGACUCUACCAAGAAAUCUGGAGAGCAAGGAUGAAGCUCUUAGUAGCAUGUUGUGGGAAAGAAUAGCCGGUUUCGCAAAUUCCAGGACAAUCCAACUGUCUUUACCAAAAAUGACGGGAGCAGAGCUUAAUAAGGAGGUUGAAGAAGGUCGAGGAAAGAUGAAGAAAAUGAUGGGGAUGAUGAUGAUGGGCGGAGCAAUGAAAAUGGCAAUGAUGAUCCCGCUUGCUAUGGCAGGUCUCUUCGUUUUGGCUGGAAAGGCGUUGAUAGUUUCUAAGGUAACGAAACAU